CUGCCUUCCCGACCUGAGGUGGUGAGGUGUUCGCAGGUUCCCAGCACUCUUGCCGAAGGACUCUUGUCCUUCUCUACCAGAGCAGCAUAGGAAGGAAUGGCUGCCGUGUCUCCACCUACCAGAUGUCAGGCAUCGGUGACGUUUGAAGACGUGGCUGUGACUUUCACAGAUGACGAGUGGAAGCAUCUGGUACCCAUGCAGAGAGCACUCUACAAGACCGUGAUGCUGGAGAACUAUGAGAGCAUCAUCUCUCUGGCAGGGCUUCCCGUUCCUCGACCUGAUGUGAUUCUUCAGUUCAAGAGAAGGGGCGAAUCCUGGAUGCAGGGUCUUCAUGGAUCUGAGGAGAAAGCAUGGCCAGAGAGUGUCUCUCUAGACUUGGAAACUAACUCUGAGAUCCUAGAUGCUUCAGAAGGCACACUGAGAGAAAUCUAUAGAAGGCAAAGUUCUCUAUGCCCUAAACGUGAAGUCCAAACUCUAACAGGUGAGUUGGAACUAGAGAAGGAGAGUCCCAAAGCAAAGACUUGCAAAAAGCCCCUUCCCUUGGAUAAAAGCUUGCAGCAAAGGUCAACUCCAUCCAAGAAAACCCUCGCUAAACACCAAGACCAGGAAUGCAGUGAGUGUGGGAAGACCUUCUUUGACCAUUCGUCCCUCAUCCGCCACCAGAGGACUCAUACUGGAGAGAAGCCGUAUGACUGUCCUGAGUGUGGGAAGGCCUUCAGCCACAGGAGUAGUCUCAGUAGACAUCUAAUGUUCCACACCGGAGAGAGCCCAUAUGAGUGCAGUGCGUGUGGCAAAGCCUUCUUUGACCGAUCAUCCCUAACUGUGCAUCAGCGGAUUCACACAGGGGAGAAGCCUUUUAAAUGCAACGAGUGUGGCAAAGCCUUCUUUGACCGCUCAUCCCUCACUCGCCACCAGAGAAUCCAUACCGGAGAGAGUCCCUAUGAAUGCCAGCAGUGUGGGAAAGCCUUCAGCCAGAAGAGCAUUCUCACUCGCCACCUGCUGAUCCACACUGGCAGGAAGCCUUACGAAUGCAGUGACUGUGGGAAAGCGUUCUAUGGUGUCACCUCCCUAAACAGACACCAAAAGGUGCACACGGGGGAGCCCCGCUAUCAGUGCGGCGAGUGUGGCAAAGCUUUCUUUGACCGCUCUUCUCUUACACAACACCAGAAGAUACACACUGGGGACAAGCCGUAUGAGUGCAGCGAGUGUGGGAAAGCCUUCAGCCAGAGGUGCCGGCUCACAAGGCACCAGAGAGUUCACACGGGGGAGAAGCCCUUCGAGUGCAGUGUGUGCGGCAAAGAGUUCAGCUCCAAGUCCUCAGUUAUCCAACAUCAGAGGCGCUACUCCAAUGAGAAACCUUGGCAAUGUAAUGAGUGCGGGAAAGCGUUCAGUUACUACUCAGCCUUCCUCCUGCAUCAGAGAACUCACACAGGAGAAAAGCCCUAUGAGUGUAAUGAAUGUGGGAAGGCGUUUAGCCAGAGCAUACACCUUACCCUGCACCAGAGGAUUCACACGGGAGAGAAGCCCUAUGAGUGUCUCGACUGUGGGAAGGCCUUCAGUCACCGCUCAGCCCUUAUUAGGCAUCACAUAAUUCACACUGGAGAGAAGCCCUAUGAGUGUAACGAAUGCGGCAAGGCCUUCAAUCAGAGCUCGUACCUCACUCAACAUCAGCGAAUUCAUACAGGAGAGAAACCUUACGAGUGUCACGACUGUGGGAAAGCCUUCAGCCAAAGCACGUUCCUCACCCAGCAUCAGGUCAUUCACACUGGAGAGAAGCCCUACAAGUGUAAGGAAUGUGGCAGAGCUUUUAGUGACCGCUCGGGCCUUAUUCAGCACCAGAGAACUCACACUGGGGAGAGGCCUUAUGAGUGCAGUGAAUGUGGGAAAGCCUUUGGGUACUGUUCAGCCCUGACACAGCACCAGAGGACUCACACUGGGGAGAAGCCCUAUAAAUGUGGGGACUGUGCCAAAGCCUUCGGCGACCGCUCAGCCCUUAUUCGGCACCAGAGAACACACACUGGAGAGAAGCCUUAUAAAUGCAAGGACUGUGGAAAGGCUUUCAGCCAGAGCUCAUCUCUUACAAAACACCAGAAAACUCACACUGGAGAAAGACCCUAUAAGUGUAAAGAAUGUGGAAAAGCGUUUAGCCAGAGUUCAUCUCUUUCUCAACAUCAGAAAACUCAUGCUGGAGGGAAAAACAAGGCAUAUGUACAAGCCUUUAGUGAGUAUUUAGUCUGUGGCCAACAAAAGAGAAUCCAUACUGGAUAAGCAUAUUAC